CGUUAGGGGUGGGGUCCCACGACAAAGAGGUGGAGGCGAUGGAUUGGCCGUUAACCGGCAGGUGGACCUCUUAGAAGCAACGCUUUCGUGACAAUCAAUGCGGAACUUGACUGUGUUGGCGGCGGCCUGCUUUUGUGUCCUCGCCAUUAUUAUCGCUUUCGGACUGAAGCCUGGCCGAGGUCCCGGUGGCCUGUUCCAGUUUCGAGAGUGGACAACAGAUCAGUUCGAUAUUGUGAUUGGUAUACUGUCAGCUCGACACCACUAUGAGUUACGCAAUGCACUCAGAAAUACCUGGCUGGGGCAUCUACAGCAUCUAAACCAGCGUGUCCUUGCAAAGUUUAUAAUUGGGACUUUUGGCUGUGACAUUCCUGAUGAGGACAGAGAGGAUCCCUACUCCUGUCAGCUGCUCAACUUUACAAAUCCAGUUAUAGGCCAGGAAAUUGAAGCUGUCAGUCUGUUUGGAACUACCACUUCAACAUUGCUGGGGAGCAAGGUUUCAAAGAUUGACUUCCGAGUUCUCCAUCCCAUCAUUAUUACAAGACUUGGGGUAUUCCAUGAUCAGAGAGGAGCAGGUUUUCAUCAGAAUCUGACUGUCCGACUCUACCAAACCACAUUGGAGGAGGUGAUUGCCAGUGCCCGCUUCAGUCCGCUCAGCUCUGGAGUACAAGUGAACCAACUGUGGUAUAAACCAGUGGAAAGAUUCCUUUUACCUAAGGGCUUUGAAGGCACCAUUGCUUGGGAGAGCCAAGACUCUGAAUACCUCAUUACCACAAACCUCACUGAUGUUGUGCUUGACAGUGGAGGAGGUGUUCUCAGAUUCUCUGCAGCUCAGCUUCAGGCAGAGAAGCAGGUGAUCCAGGACGGAUUUGGACAGAAUGUGGCUGCAGUGGCUGGGGGCUUUACCUACACUAUCCAUGAUGGUGCUACUCUCCUGGAAAGCCUCACCACUAGGCCCAAGCGGCUUCAAAACCACAAAAAUAAGCUCAGGGAAGAAGAUGCUAACUUACAAAAAGAAAGCCAAACCUACCAGGAUAUUGUUUUUGUGGAUGUGAUAGACACAUACAGAAAUGUGCCGCACAAGUUGCUUCAGUUUUAUCAGUGGUCUGUGGAGUCAACGAGCUUCAAGCUCCUACUAAAAACGGAUGAUGAUUGUUAUGUCGAUGUGCGGGCAGUACUAGAGAGAGCAGGAGAGAGACUGGGAGCUACGAAUGUGUGGUGGGGAAAUUUCAGGCAGAAUUGGGCAGUGGAUGGUAGCGGGAAGUGGAUGGAGCUAGAGUACCCAAGUCUGGUCUAUCCGGAUUUUGCAUGCGGUUCUGGUUAUGUCGUCUCUCACAACUUAAUUCAGUGGCUAGCAGAGAAUGCCAAGACACUAAAAGUCUAUCAGGGUGAAGAUGUCAGCAUGGGCAUUUGGAUGGCUGCAGUUGGACCACAGCGACAUCAGGAUCCUCGCUGGCUGUGUGAAAAAAAGUGUCUGCACGGUGCUCUAUCAUCCCCACAGUACUCUCCAAAGGAGUUGCUCGAGUUGUGGAAGAACAAGGAAGAGUGUGGAAACCCCUGCCAUUGUCAAAAAUGAGAUUGCCAGUGAAUUCUCAGCAAGUCACAGCAAAUGUCAAAGAUCUUUUUGGCUCGGGUAAUCUUGAUUGUGAGUCAGCACACCAUGCUUUACUUCACUUGUCCAUCUACAGUCCGUCCUUUAUCAAAAGAUGAGGAAUCAAUCUUGAUAAACCGGAUAACAGUUGAACUGAAACUGUGUUCAUAAAGGAGCCAUCUAUCUUAUCUUCCAACUCCACUAGCCCCAUGGGCUUUUAACUGUUACUGAGUUUGCACCAUUUUCAGGUUGGUUCUGAACUGGCACUGUUCCAUCAGUGUCAUUGGCUGUACACAGCCUUCCUGAGUGUUUCAACAUAAGACGUUAACAGAAGAUCAAUCAAACAAAAGGUAGAAAAACCUACAUAUUUUUGUAAGUGAGGGAAAAUGUUUUCCAAAUCAUUUUCUAUCCUCCCCACCACAUUAAUUAGAAUCAAGAAAAGGAACAAACAGUAUGAGCAGAAAAUAAACGCUGCUUCAAGAGGGAAGGAGUGGAAAAUGUUUUAAGCAAUAAAUGUAGUGAACUGGAUAAAGUAGAAAACAGAAAGAAGUUAAUGGGUGUACACCCGCAUUGACGGUAAUCCCCAGGGGCCUUAGUGUUUUUGUAUUGUGGUUACCAAUGACAUAAAUGAAAAGAGACUCAGAUAUUCAAGUAUGCUGAUAGCACUAAAUUAGGUGGCAGAGCUGGGUAGUAUAGAAUGCACCCCGUUUGUAACUUUAUUUGGAAAAACUGGCAGAUGGGAGCUCAUGGUGGGUAAGUGAUGAAAAAGGCAAAUGGAUGGUCAAGGUCAUGGGUUUGGAAGGUGCUGCAAAGGAGGUUUGAAUUCCUGCAAUGCAACUUGUAGACUUUACCACUACUGCCACUGUGGUGAAGUGAGUGAAUACUGGUGGUGGAUGUGGUGGCAAUCAAAUGCCUCCUUAAUACUGGAUUGUGUCAAGCUUAAGUAUUGUUGGAGCUGCAAUCAUCAAUGUAAGUAGGGAAUAUUCCAUCAUACUUCCAAUAUGUGUCUUCUAGAUGGUGGGCAGGUAGUGGGGAAUCAAGAUAUGAAUUAAUCACCACAAAAUUCUCAGCUUCUGACCUGUUAUAGCCACAGUAUUUAUGGAGCUGGUCCAGUUCAGUUUUUGGUCAAACUUGAUUGAUUGAAUUUUUUGA